ACGACGUGCCGCGACCCCUUGUUUCUGCAGCUGCCGUCUGCUCUCACUUGUCUGACAACGCGAGCGCUCCAGACAGCAGUCAAUUCUUCUUUGUCAGUAGGCGCCGAAGGCGGGCUGUUCCACAAAGGAAACAAAACAGAUUAGUGCGUUAUCGAGAGCGCUGUGUAAUCGCAGUUUAGUUCCUCCUCGCGCGAUUUUUUCUUUGCGGAGGAGGUGCUUGGAGGCUUUGUGAAAUCUCCAUUAGAGGGUUCAGUCGGUUCGAACAAUUUGUCCGUUCGUGAGUUCGGUUAUUCGUCGUCACUGUCAGUUGAACCGGAGUGGCCGUUCUUGUUUUCUAAACGGCGUUCGUCUGUUUCAUUUCGUUCGCGUCGUCUGCUGUGACCUGCUAGGCCUACUAGUUGUCCAGAACUUUCAGGAGACCUCGGACCCUCAAACUUCGACGCUACAAGAGGUUUCUGUCACAAGGCCUGCACCCCGUAUCGGGGAUCUUGUCAAGACGUCGCCCUCUGGCCAGUUCCAGAACCUCAGGACCCAUGGCUUUGGACUUUGCAGCAGGAUGCUUAGGAGGGUGUGCUGGUGUUAUAGUUGGACAUCCUUUCGACACCAUAAAGGUCCGCUUACAGACCCAAGAUGGUUUAUCUCAUAGGUACAAAGGGAGCAUCGACUGCUUCAGGAGCAUUAUAAAAACAGAAAAGAUGGCGGGCCUCUACCGAGGCAUGUCAUCUCCCAUGGCUGGCGUGGCGCUGGUGAACGCCGUGGUGUUCGGCGUGUACGGCACCACCCAGAAGCGCCUCGGUGACAGCAUCUGGGCUCACGCAGCCUCGGGCGUCCUGGCCGGAGCCGUGCAGAGCGUCAUCAGCAGCCCCGUAGAGCUGGCCAAGACCCGGUUACAAAUCCAAGGCCAGAGCGGAGCUCGCGCCCUCUACAAGGGUCCCGUGGACUGCCUGCGGCAGAUACUCAGAGUGGAAGGCCUCCGAGGUGCAUUCCGAGGAUUCGGACCGACAUUACUGAGGGACGCACCGGGCUUCGCCGUCUACUUCGCCAGCUACGAGCAGAUGGUGCGCUUAGGUGGCGACGGUACCUUCACCGGUGCCAAAGGUACCGCCGCUUUGAUGGCUGCCGGUGGGCUCGCUGGCGUGUUCUCCUGGAUGGCAUGUUACCCGAUGGACGUCCUCAAAUCCAGGAUCCAGGUGGACGGCAUGAGAGGACCGCGAAGAUACAAGGGUCUCUGGGACUGCGCCGUCCAGAGCUACCGCCAAGAAGGCCUGCGAGUGUUCACCCGUGGCCUGAACUCCACCCUUCUGCGGGCCUUUCCCACCAACGCCGCCACGUUCACCGUGGUCACGUGGGUGCUCCGGCUGUGCGACCCGAACACCAGGCCCGCCAUGGAGCCCGUCACCCAUCUGGCCAUGACGCCCCACCACCAUCACUUUCAUCCUCAUGUCAUGCACUUCGACCCCGAGCUUUACGUCAGCAGAGUCGUGGCCAUGGCGUGGGACGACAUGCACUAUCAUUUCUGAGCUUAAGCUCUAUCUGCAAUAUAUAAGAUAUGGGGCUUCUUGCCUCACCCUCAGUGUUGUGUACAAUGCCGGAAUAAUGUAACGAUUCUGUUUUCUCAAACUUCACUUUCUUUUACCUUUUCGUCAUUGGUCAGAGUGACCCUCCGCGUAAGUUAUCAUCGGUGAAGAUAACGCUGGUUAAUUGAGGGUCAUAAGAAAGGAAUAGAAUAUAGCGAAAGGAAUCAUUGCGUUAUACUGGCUAUAUAUAUAAUUAUUUUGCCAAGUGAUCGAACCCUGUUGUGCACAGACAAGGGGUUAAAUUCACGGGGAUUUUUAUACUUAAGUGCUCUUUGAUAUCCGCUUGCCCCUCCACUAAUAUGCCCAGCACAAAGACUGUUUGAAGUUCUCUUUUUCAAAAAAAAAUCCUAAAGUAAGGGCUUUUUUUGUGUGUGUGCGAGGCAUGUGUUGAGCUUAAGCUUCCAGUUUUAUCCUAUUCCAUGUCUUGCUCUAUAUUUAAAAUGUAUAUGUAGCUUGUUUUUUUUUGUU